UAAUAAUGACAACUAUUUAAAGCCUGGUAUGGAUCCAGACCAGUUAUCAAGAGUACUACAAAACAAUGAUCAACAACAGAAUGAGGAAACUGAAUCAGAAAUUAAUACGCCCAAGGAUGAAGACAACACGCUUAAUCAUGAAUUGGAGUUGGCAGUAGUUAAAGUGCUUGAAAGAUAUAAUUCUCUAAAUACUGAAGAGAUUUUAAAUUAUUUAGAGCCAGAAAUAGAUAAGGUAUUACAUAAUUUAAUAAUUACGAUACAUGUAUAAACCUCCCCUUUUUUUUUUAAAAAAAAUAGGAAAAUUUGCUUCAUUUACUAGUAUUAAAUCCAAGAUUUCAUUUAGUUCCUAACUCCUCAAAAGAAUCAGAUUCUGCUAAAUGGAUGCUUAUACCCCAAACUAUCACUAAAGACCUCGAUACAGCACCUGUCAAGAUUGUGAACGACAAUAACGAGGUCUUUCAUCAAAAAAAUAAAGAGAAUUUACUUGAUACUAGUACAUCACUAAACAAAGUAACCUUCAUACAGACCCAGUCAGAGGCAGAAAAAAUGAAUAAUAGUCAAAGUCGAUCUACAUCAUCCUUUCCAAAAUUAUUUAGUGAUGAUUGGUCUAUAUUCACGCCGAACACACCAGAAACAACUGUUGUUGGCAAUGCAAUACCUGAACCACGGUUAGAAGCAGAGACAGUAACGAUACAGGAAGAAAGAGAUGAUCAUAGUCAAUGUACUUUAUCCUCGCUAUGUCUAUCUUCUUCUGUUUCACAAAUAAGCCAAUCUCCUCUAUCUUUCCCUCGUAGUAUGUCAAUUGAAUCAAUAUACUUGAUUUGGACUUCUUCAACUCGUAGCAUCGAAGAAAAUGAAAGACCAAACAAAAAAUUAAGGAAGAUGAAUAACAGUGAUGAAAAUAUAGCUAUUAACGAUUCAAUUUCUACCGAAAAAAGUGAAAAUAAUGAAAAUAAGAAAAUAGAAGAAAAUAUAUAUAAAGAAGUACAUUCAAAGAUUCUUAUAGAAUAAUUCAAAUAAUAUAAUUAUAAUUUAUAUAUUUAUUGAAACAAUUAUAUUAAAUAUUUAAAUAAUAUCUUUAACAUUAUUUACUCUACGUUAAAUGAACAAACUUUCCUGCUUGUCUCCUUACUCACACACUCACACACACACUCUCUCUCACUCUCUCACUCUCUCACCCUCUCUUUUUUUUUUUUUUUUCUUU